GUUCUUCUGGAGAGCACCACUGCUCGCACGUCAAAAUCUUCCACCAACCACCGAGAAGAUGCCGUAUAAAGAGGCUGCAGCAGGCCAAGGAAAAUGGCGCCGGUGAAGGUGUUCGGGCCGGGCAAGUCGAGGAACGUGGCCCGGGUGCUGAUGUGCUUGGUGGAGGUCGGCGUCGAGUACGAGGUCGUCGACAUGGAUUUGAAGGCCCUGGAGCACAAGAGCCCCGAGCAUCUCGCCAGAAACCCGUUCGGGCAAACCCCUGCUUUCCAGGAUGGGAAUCUAAUUCUCUUCGAGUCGCGCGCAAUUUCAAGGUACGUGCUUCGCAAAUACAAGACGAACGAAGUCGACCUGCUGAGGGAAGGUAACCUGAAAGAAGCCGCGUUGGUGGAUGUAUGGACCGAGGUCGAUGCCCACGCCUACAACCCAGCCAUCUCGCCUGUAGUGUACGAAUGCCUCAUAAACCCACUCGUGCUCGGCAUACCCACCAACCAGAAGGUGGUGGACGAAAGCAUAGAGAAGCUGAAGAAGGUGCUGGAGGUCUACGAGGCGCAUUUGUCCAAGCACAAGUACUUGGCGGGGGAUUUCAUCAGCUUUGCGGAUAUCAACCAUUUCCCCCACACUUGCUCCUUCAUGGCGACGCCUCACGCGGUCCUCUUCGACUCGUAUCCUAACGUGAAGGCAUGGUGGGAGAGACUGAUGGCCGCAAGGCCAUCGAUCAAGAAGCUCAGCGCAAGCUUGGCUCCACCAAAGGCAUGCUUUGUAGGGGAUAUUUGGCAUUCUGGGAUCACACCACUAAUUUGUAUGGUGCUCUCUUGCUGGUAUCGCUAAUAAGGCAAUAAGCUUUGUGCUUGCGUAUACGUUGUUGUGAAGUUCUGUAAAUGGAACCAUGUAUCUUAUAAUGCUUUCAGAUUUGUUGCUUGUCAAGUCAUAAAUCAGAAGUUAGUAUGUC